AUGGACGAUCGCCAGGAGAGGGAAGCGGGAAGCGGUAAUUCAUCACAGACAGAUAUCCUCGGACACGACGUCGAUGAUUCAAGAGCGAAAAGAGAUUUCCUAACAGGGACUUCAGCUGACACUUCAGAGACGGAAAGCCACCCUCUAAAGAAGAGAAAGGUUCAACCUGCGGAUUUCGAACGUAGCAUGCAAGACAGCGUUGCAGCGUGCAGCAAUGUGUUCAAUCCUUCAUCGACCGACAAUUUUGACGCUAUAACGCAUUCAAAUGCCGAUCGGAGUCAUAAAGGUAGUUCAAACGGGACGGAUACUUGUUCAAAUAGGAAUGAGAAACCUCGUUGGCAAGUUCGUUCACUCCCAUUGAGCUCCCGAACCUAUAAACGGCAGCAUUUAGUUAGAAAAGAACGACGGAGAAACUGCAACAUUAGCUCUUCUGCUGUCAAUUUUUGUAAUUAG